AUGCUCGCAACAAGUACAAGAAGAAAUGAGUCGGACCUGUCAGCAUGGCCCAGCAGCUACUAUGGACGUACACGACGUAUUGAUUUGGCCAAACUUUACAGCGAGACACUAAGGCUAGCACGAGUCGAUCAACAACAACAGCAGCAGCAGCAACAGCAGCAACAAAAACCAUUACCACCCCAUCCACCAACAAGAAAGAUGAUACACAAUAAUCAUGGUGCUAGAAGUAGUACCAAGACUCGACGAAAAGUCAGCUUUACCACUGAACCACCCAAAGUCCAUGAAUACGAGCCUGAAGAGAAUAAUGAAAUAGAACAGCAACAAUCCUUGUUAUUGCCUGGCAAAGGAUUUAUGCAGAGUUGCCGACGUUUUGAUCACGAGGGUCAUCUUCGUUUGCAAACAGUAGAUUUGCGACCGAUUCCUAACCGUGGAUGGUGUCCUGCGUUGUCGCUGGUCGACGAGCAACAACAUGAUAAGCAUGGUGUUAACAAGAUGGAGAGAGUAACAAGGCCAUCAUGA